AGGUAAGAAAAUUCAGCAACCCAAACCAGGAAGUAAAAGUUUUCGGAUUUUUUGUGGAUUUUUAACAAUAAUUGACACAUUUUGGCAUUAAUUACCAACAUAAAAUGACCCAGCCUAAGUCAAACUGUUUGAUAGUACUUAGUGCUGCAAUCGAAGGUGUUGAUUGCCAGUCCUUUAUUCAAGCCUUCACUCUAACCCACUCAACAUUCUCAGUUCAACUAGCAUCCCCAAAUGGUCGACUCUCUGAAUUCAUAAAUCAGGAUGACAGCAGUAGGCGUUGGCUGAAUGACUUCAGGGCAAAAUCAUUCUCAACUCCAAUAAAUCUUGAAAUGGUAGAUGCCAACCGUUAUUCCGCCCUAUUACUACCCAGCAUGCCGGGAUCAGUAUUUGAUCUCGCUCACAACCUUGAACUCUCACAGAUAAUCAGACACUUUGUGAAGGAAAAAAAACCUAUUUGUGCAGUUGGUAUGGGAGUGGCUGCCCUGUGUUGUGCUCAGCAUGAUGACAGCACCUGGGCUUUCAGUAGCUACAGCUUGACCUCUACCUCAGUUUUUGAACUCGCUCGCCAGCAUGACUUUUCAACUAUACCAAUUAUUCCUGAAGAUUUCAUCAAGGACAGUGGAGGAAAAUAUAGUUGUAGUGAACCCGAUGCAGUCCAUGUGGUCAUUGAUCGGCAUCUUAUCACUGGUCAAAAUGAACAAUCAACACUCACAGCAGUUCAGAAUCUUAUACUUCUAUGUAAUCAAAGGCAAGGGAAAGGGGUGAAAUGAGACAAAUAUAACAAGUCCCAAAAGAAGCAUGAGUAUAUGGUCUUGGCAGUUGGCCAGUCCUUCAUCUGGUGCAGAGAAACAGUCAUCACCAAACUAGUCAAAUUGUGUCUUUUUUGUGAAUCAUCUUCGGAGUCAACUGGAUUAGAGUUGGACAUGGUCAGGACCACCUCAUCAUCACCUUUGGUCUAAGGAAUGUUGGAGGUUAACAAAGACUGCAUCAUCACAGAUCCCCAUGACCAGUAUUCGAAAAUGGUCCGAACAUUUGUUGAAAAUGUGUUUUUUCACUGAAGAGGAAUUUUCACCUUUGUGCAUGUGAGGCGACCAAAGUCUGUGGAAUCAGUCCCUAAAUCUACAGGACCAUCAUUGUUAAUUUGACAGAAUUGAAUUUGCAUUUCUGAGCAUUGUAUCAACUGGAUAAUCAAAUUGUGAAUAAAUUUACAUGUGAAUUUGAAA